AGUCCACUUCGGGAGUGCAGUUUGAUCUCAUAUUCAACUCACGCAUCAAAUCAUCGCGAAAUCGACCGCUCCUACUUCCUUCCGACAAACACUGUUCCACUCAAAUAUUUCAUCCAUUUGUUGACUGAUGUGCAUGAGAACAAUCGGACAUUCCAGGCGAUGACCGAAAUCCAUUUCGAGGUGGUACAACCAACGAUGAACGUGACGAUGCACUUGCAGGAACUCGAAAUCCAGUCGACCGAAUUGCUCACAGUGGGGACCCAAUUGGUGUUAGAUAACCCACAAUUCAAAAUAGAUACACGAAUCGAACACGUUGUUUUCAUCUGCCAACGCGAGCUUGAAGUUGGGGAAUACAUCCUCAGGGUACAUUAUAGCGGUACGAUGAGAAACUAUCAGAGCGGUUAUCUUGUAUCAUCUUACCGAAAUGAGAAAGAUGAGGUGAAUUACGUUGGGUCAACUCACUUUCAGGCCACUUUAGCGCGCCGAGUAUUCCCGUGUUACGAUGAACCGGGUCUCAAGGUUCCCAUCACGCUGUGGGUACAACACCACAAAAACUACAGCGCUGUGGCGAAUAUGCCGGUGGAAUUGCGUCAGCCUUCGGCAGAUUACCUUAUCACGAAGUUCGUUCCGACGCCGAGAAUAUCGACUUAUCUGUUCGCAUUUGCCGUCACAAAUUUCGUAACAAAGACAAGUGGCAAACAUAAGGUUCUAGCGCGCCCUAAUGCUGCCGAGGAGAUGGACUAUGCACUUGGCGUAGAGAUUCUCGAUGUAUUGGGUAACUACACUGGAGUGUCGUAUUUCGACUUCAUGCCAAAAAUGUCACAGAUUGCCAUUCCUGAUCGAGGCAGCGGGGCGAUGGAAAACUGGGGUUUGGUUACCUAUGGGUGGGUUAAUUAUUCUAGAUUCUGGAUAUUGACAAGAUGUAUGACCAGUCGGAAACGUGUCACCAUAGUUUUCGCGCAUGAAUUCGCCCACCAGUGGUUCGGGAAUCUAGUCAGCCUCAAAUGGUGGGAUUAUAUUUGGUUAAACGAGGGGUUUGCGACCCUGUACGAAUACUACGCAACCGAGCUGGCCUAUCCUGAGCUGCGUUAUUGGUCGCUGUUCAACGUUGAGGUUCUCCAGCGAGCACUGGGUCAGGACGCCGGUAGAAGUGUCCGACCAAUGAACCAUCCGGUAGCAUCACAGGAGGAAGUGUGGAGAUUGUUCGAUGUAAUCGCCUAUCAGAAGUCUGCAUGUGUUCUCAACAUGUUUCGUCAAGUUAUCGGCGAGGAUAGUUGGAAAGAAGGAUUGAGCAAUUACUUAAAAGUCCGACAAUUGAACAGCGCUACGCCAGACGAUCUUUACAUAGGACUAGACAGGGCGAUCAAAGGACGGAAAGUGAUUCCAGAAGGACUCAAUCUCAAGCUGGUGAUGGAGUCGUGGACAAAUGCUCUCGGAUAUCCAGUGCUGAAUGUUCGCCGUUUAUACAACACUGGAAGUAUCAUGCUCUCACAGGAACGAUUCCUAGCCGAUGAUCAACUCCCGGACGAACACGUUUGGUAUAUUCCCUACAACUAUGUCGAUACUCGCGUUCCGCAGCCAAAAAGCAACCAAAUUGAGUGGCUAACCGAGAAGGCAACGAUUAUCACAACCCGCACUGCGAAGUCCCGGUGGAUCGUUUUUAACCAAGAACAAUUUGGAUACUACCGCGUAAACUACGAUCAAAGGAACUGGGAGUUGAUAAUUGAGGCUAUAUUAGAUGAUGGGUAUUUCCCCCGAUAUAUUGCCUAUCAGCCCUGGGCUGCUGCCAACAACAUUCUGAACUACUUUUACGGUAAACUACGCGGUACUGAACACUAACUUGGUUUCCAGAAUUUCGUCAAUGAAACUAUCUCCGUGUACGAACUGUUCCUGGUGGGUGACGUGACCGAGUACGAAACAACAAUUGUCAAGUACUUAAAACAACUUAUCACUAGUUGGGCCUGCCGAUUGGGACUGUGGGAUUGUUUGUGCAAAAUGAAUGCCAGAAUGGGGCAGGAGAUCGAAACGGGCAUUGCGGUUCAUCCAGAUAUAGCAGCUGUGGUGUAUUGCUACGGUUUGAGCAACGGAACACAUAAAGAGUCGUUGUUUUUGCUCGAUAAGCUCUUCACUUCCAAUAAUCAAGCCCAUCGAACGGAUAUUAUCACAGCGUUAGGUUGUACCAAAGACGCGCAA